AUGUCUGCAUCUGAGACGGUUCAGAUGGGAAGGAUGUAUUCGAACCGGUUUUCGGGUUUCAGGCACAUACCUGCUGGUGCCAAAUUCUCUCCCCAGUUCUGUUCUUGCAGAGUUUCCUUUCCAGGGAUUCUUCUGAAGGCUUCUUAUUCUUCUCCUCCUUCCAGUUCGAAAAAUAACUUUCCGUCAAGUAACGCUAUUGGUUCAGUUGGAGAUAAACUUGCAGGGGAAACUUGCUUGUUUCAAAUAAUUGGAACAAAUGGCACAGGGACAAGACCGAAUUUGUUUCCCAGAGAGAUUACAGUACUUGAUGCCUUCGAUGAUGAGUACGGGGGAGUUAUCGUUGAUCCAGAACGAUUACCAGCAAACCCGAAUGCCUUUGGCUAUAUCCUGCAUUCUUCUCUUUCUCAUUGGAGCAUGGAGGGGAAGAAGGGAAUUUGGCUAAAGCUGCCAGUAGAAAGAGCUGAGCUUGUUCCAGUUGCUAUUAAGGAAGGGUUCGAGUACCACCAUGCAGAACGAGGGUAUGUGAUGUUGACAUACUGGAUUCCAGAAGGACCUUGCAUGCUUCCUGCUAAUGCUUCACAUCAAGUAGGGAUUGGGGGAUUUGUCAUCAAUGAAAAUAAUGAGGUUCUUGUCGUACAAGAGAAACACUAUGCUCCUGCGUGCGCUGGUUUUUGGAAAAUACCAACUGGCUUUAUCCUUGAGUCGGAAGAGAUUUUCACAGGCGCUGUGAGAGAGGUUAAGGAGGAAACGGGGAUCGAUACAGAGUUCGUUGAGGUUAUAGCAUUCAGGCAUGCUCACAAUGUAGCUUUUGAGAAGUCAGAUUUGUUCUUUAUCUGCAUGCUACGGCCACUAUCGACUGAGAUUACAGUUGAUGAUCUUGAAAUUGAAGCAGCCAAGUGGAUGCCCCUGGAUGAGUUUGUGGAGCAACCACUAAUACAAGAGGAUUCCAUGUUCAAGAAGAUCAUUUCGAUAUGUAUCGCCCGGCUAGGAAAGCGUUACUGCGGUCUAUCUUCUCAUCAAGUGGUCUCAAAAUUUGAUGGCAGACUGUCUUCCUUGUACUAUAAUGUUGUUGAUGCUCAAGAUUUCAAUUGUUCAAGUUGUUGA